AUGAGCGACUCUUUUGCUGCAAACCUGGUCCGCAUUGCGGUCGCUCAAGUUCUUCACCAGGCGGGUUUUGAGCGGGUUCAAGACUCCGCUUGUGCAGUGCUCUCAGACCUGCUUGUGCGAUUUUUGGAUUUGCUGGCGACCAGGGCCUCCGAGUAUUCUCAGCUGCAAGGUCGAACGGUUACGAAUUUGGAAGACGCUUCAAGAAGCUUAGAGGAAUUAGGUGUUGACCCGGAAGCGUUGCGGGACUUUUGUAGAGCAUGGGCCAAGCGAGCAAUUUUAUCGACCUCGACCGACGUGCAGGACACGGUGGGUUCAGGGACGAACACAACGCUAGGGGGCACUGGAGGUUUAAGAUUCAGCAGAUAUGGAGUCAGUCUGCCAUUGGCAAGCGAACAUGACGGUAUUGCUCUCGCUCCGUCGGAAACCGAGGAAGUCACCGGCUUUCCGGUUAUGGAACCCGGCGCCUUUCCUAUAAAUAUCGAUGAACUUGGACCCAUGUCGGGGGAGACUCUCACGGAGAGGUUAGCCAGCCUGCCUGAUCACCAUGUAUCAACGAGAGAGACGUCAGAACAGGUAAAUAGGUGCGCAUUGCCGCCAACGAUUGCACCCGGCGAUCAAGUGUCCCCUUUGCUGGAGCAAGUUCCGAAGCCUGGAGUAAAUACGAUAUCACCUGCGUUGGGCCCAUCUGAUGAUGAAAAUUUGAGUGGUUUCGAUGCUGCACUUGAUUUUUCACUCCCUUCAGAAACGAGGAAACGAAAACGUGCCAACUAUGAGUGUAUUAUACCUGUUGAACAAUCAAAAAUGACUCGAUCGACUUUGGACGUCCUCCUGGCCCCACCGUUCUCCCCGUCUGAACCAAAUGAGCUGUUUCCUUCAGUUCCAGAAGAAAACUCUCGCCAGCUCUAUAAAGCGCGUCCUUCCCCUAAUGCAACAGCGUCGAAGGAAGACUCUUGCACUACCCGACGAUACCGUAUUUGGGAGCAAUAG